AUGAUCGACAACCAGUCGACCGAAGCUCUGGCACGCGCUGCUUCAGCGUUGGUCGUCAUGCUCACAGGUCAUUGGAGGAGGAGCGUCGAACAAGAACUGGACACGAAACGUCCCAUGAAGGUUGAAAUCGCCAUUGACCCUAAUCAAGCUCAAUCUUUGGCAUCCCGUGUUGCCGCUGCUCCUUCUGCUCGAGGUGCUGCCAACCCCCGUGGUCGAGGACGUGGUCGAGGUGGAGCCAGACCUCGAAAUCCUAGACCUGCUAAGAAGACGGCAGAAGAACUUGAUGCGGAGAUGACUGCCUACAAGGAAACCGGAACUGCUUAA